GACUCGUCCAGUACUUCCAGUCAGCAAGUACAUAGGGUUAGGUACUAGUAUGUAGUUUGAGAUGAUGAAAAUGCAGAAAUACAGCGGGAGUUUGCUUUACUUUAUGUCCGACGCGGGGCUAUGCCAGGCGAACUUGGAAUGCUCACGCGGGCUUGGGUACAUUACUGACACGAAAAAAGCAACCUAGAACUUUCAACUCCUUAAACUGUCAUUUGUGAUGUGAUCUAUCUGAUAAGCUAAGGCAUAGCAAUACUAGAAUGCCUCCAGCCAUCGCUCCUCUUGAAGGCGAUCGCAGCGGCACAGUGUUCGAAGAAGUAAUGGAGCAGGAAAAUGAACCGCUCCUCGAUUCAGUACCGCCGACUACCGUUGGGGUCCGAAACGAUCGGAGAUUGUACCAGAUUGCGAACAUUUGGUUAGGCUUUUCUCCAGGCUUUAAGUAUUGCAUUGCGCUUGAGCUUAUAUGCGAGCUGGCUGUGAUGAUUACGACUGUGCCUAUGGUGUCGGUUUUAGAGAAUGCUGUGUGCUUCGAAUACUACGGAGGAAACAUUCCGCAAUCCGAUCUUUGCAAGAUACCACCUGUUCAAAAGAUAUUAGCUGAAGUCCGAGGAUGGAUGGCAUCUUUCGAGACGAUUGCUGCCAUUCUUGUCGCGUUACCCAUAGGGCGUAUCGCUGACUAUCGGGAUCAGCGAAGAGUAUUCAUGUUUAUUAUAGUGGGCAUGUUAAUGAGUCUAUCGUGGACGUUGGUUGUCGUAACAAACCCUGUACUUCCUGUAAAGCUAGUAUGGGCGUCCUCCAUCUUCCUACUCGUAGGGGGAGGUAGAUAUGCUGCUGAAAUGCUACUUGCGACCAUGAUCGCAAAAGCGUGCAAUGAAGAGACCAGAACUCGAGGCCUGUACCAUUUUUAUUCCUGUUUUAUUUUCAGUGAGCUUAUAGGGCCCCCGAUUGCUUCCGUUACUGCCGACAUCUCACUCUGGCUUCCUUUUAUUAUAAACUAUUCGUUACUAUUGCUGGCUUUUCCUAUCCUUGCCAUUAUGCCAGAGAGCCGUUCAACUUCAGAGCCAACACCCGCGCCUAUCUAUUCCGAGCGGACUUCGAAUGUCGAUUCCCUGCCAGAACAAGCUGACGUCCUUCGCACGAUUCUGUGGGCCUCUAUCGACCAAUAUCGACUUCUCAUAUUCAUCUUCUCAAGCCGUAAUAUGCGAUUGGCGGUAGCGAUCUUCCUUAUUGGCACACUUAGGGGCAUCUCUCUACGCGCUCUGACGCAAUAUGCAUCCGCCCGAUUCGGUUGGAAGCUUUCAAGGACAAACGGUCUCAUCAGUGAAGUCGCAUUUGUCAACCUAAUUAUUUUCUUUAUCAUUAUGCCUGCCCUCGUUAGCAUGAUCAGCAGACACUUGACACUUACAAAUCAAAUUCUGAAUCUGAGGAUUGUUGAGAUCAGUUUAUCAUUGCUUUUUACCGGGUCGCUACUCCUUGGUUUUGCCACAACCUCAGCCUUUUUAAUUACAGCAACGAUGAUUUACGCUCUCGGAUUCGGUGCCCGCUCGACGCUUCUGUCACUUAUCACAUCAUGGAUCGACUCCAAGCGCACGGGUACCCUUUACAGCGCCGUAUUUCUUAUCGAACAAAUUGGCAUGCUAAUAGGAGAGCCACUAAUUCAGAAUUUACUUGGCGUCGGUAUUGGAUUACAAGAUCCAUGGAAAGGCUUGCCUUUUAUUUGUACCGGUUUGUUUUAUUUCAUUACUCUGAUAUGCGCCUCUGCAAUGAGACUAUAGCUCACUUGAGCUAUACAUAUAUCUAGGUACUUGGGUAAGUAUGGCGGGAUAUUUGUCUAGUUACGGGCCAUAUGUACUUAUUUAGGUGGCACAUGGGUUAUAAGGAAUUUUCAGGUCCAAAGUGCAAGUAUUAAAGAUGUGAACCGAAAAGAGUGUUCAAAUAUCACUAUCAGUGAAGGCUCAUAGCUCGGGAUAUCGCAUAAGACGACUACUCAAAAUUGACUGUUUCUCUUCCCUUACUAUCAACUCCCGGUUGAAAAUAGUUGGGAAUCAUUCGGCAGUUAUACUAAUAAAAAGUAAAAGCCUGUGAUCGCCACCGGCCACAUCCUGUUUGCGACCGUGAUUAAUACCACCCCCACGCCGCAUUGCGUGAUUGAGCUUAUCCGCCACCCCAACCUACACACCAUCUAAUUCUCAUCCUUCAU